AUGAAGCAACAACUACUCUUAGCUGGGACUUUAGCUCUACUAACUCUUUCAGCGAGUGCUGAAGUUAAAGAGAAGGCAACCACAUAUGCUGAUCCAGCCCCCGUUAGUCCGGCCAUCAAUCCUGUCAUUCCCGCCGACCUAAAUACAAACGUAGAGAUGUCAUCAGACUUGUCUGGUGGUAUCUCCCAAAAAAAAAGGUCGAUCAAUCGUAGUCCCGCCUACUCGUUUCUCCACUUAAUCGGCAACCUCGUUAAAGGAACUCUUGGAUCGGCUCUGCGCCCAAUUUCGUCUGCUCUUUGGUCUUCUUUUGAUGGCCCUUAUGAAAGAUACAAUAACGAUGUUUACAGCAACCCAUCCGGAUUCCUCUACCCAGAACAAAUAAACCAUCCUGGACAUCCUGCUUCUUUUGAGAAUCUAUCACCUUAUGAAACCAACUCGCCCCAUCCUCUUUUAGAUAAUGAUGAAAUCGAAGCCUCCUCAGACACAAGGCAAGCUGCCGCUGGCAAAAGCUCACAAGCCUACUCAGGAGGACUAAUGAAAGCGUUUAAGAACCGGUUUAAUGAAAUUACUACACAUGUUCAUCACAAGAAACACUUUGUUGAUAAGGGUAUUCAGAAUGCUAAAAAGAACUUGUUCUCAAACGCACUGCUAGCUAGAGCCUAUGCUUCUGCUGCUGCGCAUAAGACACUUGAUCUUUUCUCUAGUGCCUCGCGUGCUGCUAAACUACUUGGCGACUUAGUCUCUAAAGGUCUAGUUACUUCCAAGUCUGCGGCCAAAGAACUAACUCGGACCUUGGCCGACCCGAAUAAGGACUAUCUAGAUGCCGGAUACAAAGGCAUGAAAGGGGCUUCUGAUUACCUAAUGAGUACUGCGGCUGGGACAGUGGACAGUAUUGUUAGUGGGAUCAAGUACUCCCCGACUGCUCUUAAAGGCCUACUGGAUAAGUAUCCCAAGCUGCUAACUGAUAGUCGGCAUGCCAUUGUUAAGGAUCUUCCCUAUAUUAGUGCCGACAUCAAUAGCCAUGCCAAUCGGGUUAAGCGCCUUAUUGAUCCGCCUGUGCGACGAACCAUGGGCACACUUUGGGCCGAAGUCAACGACCAGAUUCAUGAGCUUAAGGACCAAUGGACCACUCUUGAGAACAGUAAUAGUGGAGCCUCUAAAGAGUACAAGAAGAAGUUCAUGGCCGUGACUGAAGACUUAACCAGAACCUUUGAUGCACUACAGAGUCGACUAGGUGAGAACCUUGAGCUGCAAGUUCCCGGAGUGGAGAAACUCAAGCACAAGUUCCAGGAGAUUCUGGAUAAGAUCAAGAGGAAGAAUUCAUUGGCUAUUUCCGGCGAGUUCUCUCUACGCGGUCUUCUCUACUACAGUAUGGGUCUAUUUGGCAAACUAGAAGAGAUCGACCGAGCCAUCCUUGAGCUUGCCACUGGUAAUCCAAGUUUUGCCACCCGAUUCCGAGGACAAAACCGCGCUCCCCAAGUCUCCCUAGGCUCAUUCAACAACAUCUCUGAAGCCGCCACUAAAGAGUUCCGAGCAGCCACCGGCCAAUUUUCCUCUUCCCUACUUGGCUCCUGCAUUGGCCAGUGCAUAGCCCCAAGAGACGAUCUUAUUAUGCGAUCCUUCACAGCUUCAUAA